GUUCUUGCUUAGCCGUUUGAGACGAAUCAGUUGUUUGAUUCCGUCUUUAUUUUUAUAUUUGUUUAUUAAAAAAUAUUUGAUUGUAAAAAUAUUGCUGGAGACCAUGCAGCGUGGGAAAAUCUCAUUUGGCAAGAUUCAAUUAAAUGUGAAUAAGCCAGCUCCUGCCCCUGCUGCCUCUGACAAGGAGGAGAGCAAUGAAGGUGCAGGAGAUUCAGCUGCCGGCGGCGGCUUUAAGAAAAUUGAUAAGAUACAAAUGAUACAACAAAUCGAAGAUGUAGCCGAAGAUCUAGAGAGUCAACACCUAAAAGAAGUGAUGGGCAUCAGUGGUUUUGGCCGGAAGGCAGCCAAAGUUUUUGACAUCAAUGAACAGAUAGCCAAGGCACGAGUCACACGGCCUGGUCACCAUAAGAAAACAGCGGAGAAGGACGAGGAGGAAGAUAAUGACGACGUAAUAGGUCCACAGCCACCAUCACUGAAUGCGAAUGCAGCUGAGAACACAAAAUCAUCUGAAGAUGCCUCGGAACAGUCUAAGGAACAGGACUCUGAUGAAGAUUCCGAUGACGAUGGUGAGGAUUCUGAUGAUGAGCAGAGCCUGGCCCGCCGCAUACCCUACACCCACGAGGUACAGAUGCAGCACGGUUCUCGGGCUGUGCUUGCCUUAGCCGGCGAUCCAUCCGGUGCCCGUGUGGUGUCUGGUUCCAUUGAUUACGACAUGUGCUUUUGGGAUUUCGCUGGUAUGGACUCGUCCAUGCGCAGCUUUCGUCAGCUCCAGCCUUGUGAGAAUCAUCCCAUUCGAUCGCUUCAGUAUUCAGUGACGGGGGACAUGAUUUUGGUCAUUUCGGGCAAUGCCCAGGCUAAAAUUCUAGACCGUGAUGGAUUCGAGAAAUUGGAGUGUUGCAAGGGCGAUCAGUAUAUAUCAGAUAUGUCCAAGACUAAAGGUCAUGUGGCUCAGUUGACAUCUGGGUGCUGGCAUCCCUUCAAUCGGGAGCAAUUCCUUACCGCAGCACUUGAUGGCACAUUAAGAAUUUGGCAAGGUAUCAAAAGCAAGGAGCAGUUUCAAGUCAUCAAGACACGGGCCCAGGGAGGAUUGAGAACUAAUGCCUCGGCUUGCUGCUUCAAUCGGGAUGCCACACUUAUAGCCGCCGGUUGUGUGGAUGGUUCCAUUCAGACUUGGGAUACACGCAAAAUGUUUGUGAAUACAACCCACUGCGUGAGAGGAGCUCAUCAAAAAGGCGCAGAGAUCAGUUCAAUUGUAUUCUCCUACAUGGGUCAACAAUUGGCCACCAGAAGCAAUGAUGAGACCAUGAAAUUGUGGGAUUUGCGGCAGUUCAAGCAACCGCUUCACACAUGGACAAAUCUCUUCUCGCGCUAUGACACCACCGAUUGCUGUUUCAGUCCCGAUGAUCGUCUCCUGGUCACUGGUGAAUCGCUACCCAAGGGCCAAAAAGAGGCCAAUCUUUAUUUCUACAGUACAAAGAGCUACGAUGAAGUUCAACGCAUUCCCGUGGCCAGUUCACAUGUCAUCAAAACGCUGUGGCAUCCGAAACUUAACCAGCUUUUCGUGAGCUGCGGCAAUGGAACAAUCAAAUGCUACUACGAUGAGCAACGUAGCAUACGAGGAGCCAAGCUCUGUGUGGUCAAGACUCAUCGCAAGCGGCAACAAAUCGAAAUGGUCGGCGUAUCACAGAUUCUCACGCCACAUGCUCUGCCUCUGUUUCGUCAAGAGAAAUCACGCUCGUCGCGGAAGAAAAUGGAGAAAGCUCGCAUGGACCCCGUUAAAUCAAAGAGACCAGAUUUGCCCAUCACCAGCGGCCAGGGUGGACGUGUGGCCAGCUCUGGUGGCACUCUCUCCUCAUAUGUCAUCCGCAAUUUGGGUCUUAGCAAGCGUGUGGACGACGAUCAGGAUCCCAGGGAGGCCAUUCUCAAGUUUGCCAAAGAUGCCGCUGAGAAUCCAUAUUGGAUAGCCCCCGCCUAUAAACAAACACAGCCCAAGGCCAUAUUCUCCGAGAAAUUACCCUCCGACGAGUCCGCAGCAGCUCCGGCGGCCAAGAAACCAAAAACGGAAGAUGACAAAUAGUUAGUCUUAGAUAUAAGUUGUCUAAUGGUAAGAAAUAAUUGUAAAUAAAGUUCUCUUAAGUUCAAAUA